AUGGGUGGCUCACAGGUCAAGACAAACACAUCUAACGGUCAUGCCGAGCUGGCAGUGUCACCUAAGAAUAGAGUAUGUCUACUGGUGGGUAGAGCAAUUGCACAAUUUUCAGCUGGAGGACGAGCAAGCAAAGUCUGCAAAGACCUCGGUGAUGGUUUUUCAGUUCACCCAGCGACAGCGAGACAGCAAUUACAAAGCCUCUUCUCUGACAAUGGCAUAGGCUUGGCAGCUCGCAUCCAGCAGCGUCAACAGGUGGAGAAGGGUGACUCAGAUUUCAGGGUGGCGGUUCUUGCGUGGCCUGACCUACGCUCAUCCAAAGGAUUGGAGUUGUUGGAUGCCGUUAUUGCUCAACUGCGAGCUCUCUGUCACUUAGAAUCAGACGGAGGAGGUAGGGAGUUGCGUGUGCGUCUGGCAGACUGCCUUCUUCUGCAUGGGGAACAUAGAGAAGUUCUUUCCAUAAGCUGCCAGCUAGCCUCUGCAGCUCCAGGCCAGCAAAGCUAUCAGAACACCUUGCAAGUGCUCAGAGGGUUUUCCUGUCUUUUAAUCAAAGACCAUAAAGGUGCUCUGGAGGAUUUCCAGGCAGUGAUUGAGCAUAACGCUCCUCACCCACCCAGUCGUGUGCAUGCACUUUUCGGUAGGGGAAUCUUACAUUUGAUGGCUGACUCACACUACCUGACUGCUCUGGAUUAUGUUACAGUGAGCCAAUUACAGCUGCAGGACACUGCUCUAACUGUUAGGACUGCUGUUGGUGUGCAUGCUCUUGCUCUUCUCCUAAUGGAGUUGCAACCCGGUGCUGAUGGAUCCCAGAUUCUCAUAGCAGAUACCCUGUACCAGCUGGGUCGUGUUGAGGAGGCUUACCGUCUUCUGUUCAACAUUGAGCAUACAGCUCCUCGUCCACCUCUCCUCAAGAAGCUGAUUUUUACAAGACAGAACACUUCUAGAAAAACAUUGUCACACCGCAUCAAAACGUAUUCUGUGUGGCCAACAAGCCGAAUGUGCCAUAAGGGAAGCUGUGGCCUAUUUGUCCAUGCUUCAGGUGGUGGUGCAAUAGAUUCCCUGCUGGAGAGAGCGAGAUGUUAUGCUUUAUUGGGCCAAUGGAAGACAGCCAUCUUUGACUUUACUGGGAUCCUAAAGGGGCACCCAGACCAUGUGCAGGCUUUGUGUGGAAGAGGAUUCACUUAUCUUAUGCUGAACCAACAGAAGGCCUCUCAAAGAAAAUGCCUGGCACAGGCAGCAUCUCAGGAGGCCAGAAGUGUCUCUAAAAGUGACCAGUGGGAGCAUGCCUUAGCCUUGCUGACUCUCACAGUGCGAGCAGUCAAUGAGGUGAAGCUUCAGUACCUUAGGCAGCGUGCAGCCUGCCUAGCCCACCUGGGCCUGCAUGAGAGGGCAGUAUCUGAUCUGAAUAAAGUCAUGGCCAUGGCACAGACAGCAGAGAGGAGCAUAGGGUGUGGGCAGAGGACCUUUGCUGUCGAGGUCGCAGCCUUCUGUUGUGUUCCCGUGAGGAGUCUGGCUUACAGGACAUUUCCCAAGCCCUGGACCUGCACGAGGAACAGGCACUGCUGUGUGCUGAAGCUGGCCUGGGAAUAGAACACCUUGCUGAAUUGUUCUUGUACUUUGCCCUGCAGCACUUAGGAGAGCAGCAGCUUGACAAAGCUCGGCUUCUGACAGAGAAUGGGCUUAAUGUGGCUGAGGUUUAGAAUAAAACGAGAGGUCUCAGGUCCAUGUACAGUUCACUAGAGAUGAAAUAUGAUGAUGUCAUGUUUAAUUGUGCAAAGACAAUUGAACCAAAGGUGACAGAUACAGCUGACAGUUAUGGCUUCAUAUUAAGGAUGGCCAAACAGGCAGACAUAAUAGUAAGACUUUAUGAUAAAAGAAAUGGCAAUAUUACUGUAGGUUAUUGUGUUGUAUCAGACUAUUAUAGUAAGCCUUAAAGGAAUUUUUCAGGUUCAAUACAAGUUAAAGGCAAUUGACAGCAUUUGUGGCAUGAUGCUGGUUACCACAAAAAAUUAUUGACUCAUCCCUCGUUUAUUAAAAAAAAGAAGCAAAAAUCAUGGUUACAGUAAGGCUUUAAAAUACUCAUUAAAAUACUCACUGUUUCAAAAGUAUAGCUACAAGAGGUAAACAUUAUAUGUGUUAAUGUGAUUUUAGUGUGAUAAAAUCGGGGAUUUACCAGCAUUAUAGGAUAUACCAUAUUACUGGAUUUACCAGUGUUUUGUCAUCAUGACAACCUCAUCUAAUUUGUAAUAUUGGAUAGGACUUUACACAGAAAAGGUUAGCAAGCAAUUUUAUCACUAAAUUAUACUGAAGGUAUAUUGUUAACAUUUUGUGUCAGUUUGUAUUUUAACAUUGAUGGAUAUAAAUAUAUAAAUAAAUAUAUUAUAAGACAAAACAAACAAACACAAUCAGCUA